AUGGCUUCUUUGAGCCUUGACGGAUCACCUACUCCUCGCAAGAAGACUCCCCUCAACUUCUUCCUUCACGACGAGGACUCUUUCGACGACGAAAAUACUCAUAUUUCUGCCCGUGCUGUAGGUCUUGAAUCUGUAAUCAUGUUCCAUCCAUUCGACUUAACUUUCCGUCAGCAGCCCGUCAAGCGCGACACCAACACUGCCGUCUCGGACACUGUGCCUCUCACCACUUCUCGCUUUACCAACCAGAUGCCUCCCCCUCCUCCCACCACUCGCAACUCGUCCUACAAGGGUCAAGUCGGUAUGCCCGCCAUGUCAGUGUCUACCAUGUCGAUGCCACCCAAUGUUCUCGGCACCACUCAGGCUGCUCCCGCUCGUAACGUGCACCUCGACGAACUCUUGGGCAAGCUUGCCGAGCAGCAAGCCAUUCUCAACAAGCAGAACACCGCUCUCCAGGCGCAGCAAGGUGGUGAGACAUCUCCCGACUCGUCCGGCUCUGGUGCCCUUACCAACCCUUACGCCACAACCCCUCGCACUGAUUCUCAGUUCAAUGACAUCCCUCAGGCUGAUCUUGCCGAGAUGUUGCGUUUAAAGAAGGAGCUUGAGACUGCUCAGACUCAGAUUGCCCGCAUGGACCAGGAGUUGUCUCAGUCCCGCAUCACAAAGCACACACUCGAACAAGCUAUGGGCUCCCAGUUUGACUCGGAGUUUGAUCACAUCCGUGAUCUCCGUCCCCAGGGCAUUGCUACUCGUGUCGACAACUGGGUUCAGUCAACUGAGUUGGGUGGUCCCUCCAUGAACUCCAAUCCUGGCAUCAACGCCAACCACAUGGCACCAGCUACUGCCCGUGGUAUCUGGGGUGCAGGAUCUACUUUCGGCCCUGGUGGUCCCGGUGGUCCUGGUAUUACUAGUCAAGCACCCAACAGCACUAACAACUGGCCUCUGACCGACCCUCGUGUCAUGGCUGGCAGCAAUGCCAACAUGUACCCUGUCGGUCCUAUCGCCCGUGGCUGUCCUCCUGCUCUACGCAUCGACACAAGUGCAAUGAGCCCUUACUUGAGUGAGCCCUCUUCUGCAGACUUGUCCAUGCGCAACGCUCACAGUCGUCCGCACUCGGCUUUCGGCAACCACCUACACCCUUGGGGCCAGUUCAGCCCUAGCAUCAACGCCGGCGACCAGACCGGCCUCACUCCUCCAUUGACGCCUCUCUCUUUCCAGUCAAUGCAAAACAUGCACAACAUUGCCGGAAUGCCUCACCCUAUGUCUGACCGCGCCAUGAUGAACAACAUGUCUUUCGGUACCAGAUCCAACGGCACCAGACUGUCCCCUACCGCUGCCGAAUUCCAGGCCGGCGGCUACGGUAACCCCGGCUGGAACAUGAGCCAACAGGCCCUGUCUGAGCCCGGAAGCUACCUUACCAACGCCGAACCCAUGAACUACCGCCGUCUCUUGGACCGCAACAUGAGUUGCAACUGGAAGUACAUUGUCGACAAGAUCGUCCAGAGCAACGACCAGCAAGCUUCCAUCUUCCUUCAGCAAAAGCUCAAGGUUGGCACUCAGGAGCAGAAGUACGAGAUCGUCCAGGCCAUUAUUGACCAGGCUUACCCCCUCAUGAUCAACCGCUUCGGCAACUUCUUGGUCCAGCGCUGCUUCGAGCACGGUAACCCCGAGCAGAUCAUCGCCAUUGCCCGCGCUAUCCGCGGCAACACCCUCAACCUCAGCAUGGACCCCUUUGGCUGCCAUGUUGUCCAGAAGGCUUUCGACAGCGUUCCCGAGGAGUACAAGGCUAUCAUGGUCCAUGAGCUCCUGCGCCGUAUUCCCGAGACUGUCAUCCACCGCUAUGCCUGCCACGUCUGGCAGAAGCUGUUUGAGCUCCGCUGGAGCGGCACCCCUCCCCAGAUCAUGAAGUAUGUCAACGAGGCUCUUCACGGCAUGUGGCAUGAGGUUGCCCUCGGCGAGACCGGUAGUCUUGUCGUCCAGAACAUCUUCGAGAAUUGCCUUGAGGAUGACAAGCGUCCUUGCAUCAACGAGGUCCUCGCCAGCAUCGACGUGAUUGCCCAUGGUCAGUUCGGCAACUGGUGCAUCCAGCACAUCUGCGAGCAUGGCGCCAUCACUGAUCGUAACCACGCCAUUGACCACGUCCUUCGCUUUUCCACCGAAUACAGUAUGGACCAAUUCGCCAGCAAGGUUGUCGAGAAGUGCCUCAAGAUUGGCGGUGUCGACUUCCUUGACCGUUACCUUGACCGUGUCUGCGAGGCUCGCGCCGAUCGCCCUCGCAUGCCCCUCAUCGACAUCUCUGGCGAUCAGUUCGGAAACUACUUGAUCCAGUACAUUCUCACCCACGCCGACCCUCAGCGUCGUGAGAUUGUGGCUACCCACAUUCGCAAGCACAUGGUUUCCCUCCGCGGCUCCAAGUACGGCUCCCGUGUAGCCAUGCUGUGCUGCAACCCUGCCGUUGCUACUCGUCCCGGUCCUCCUACUGGCAUCCCCAUGGGCCGCAACGCUGGCAACUUCGGCGAGCGCCCCUACAACGGUGCUCGUGGCUUCCCUUACGGUGGAGCCUACCGCUAG